AUGAAGAAAUGCACAACAAGGUCUUUUGUCAAAGUCGAGGGUAUUGGAGCUGGGGAGGACAAAGAGCUCCGACUCGACCUCAUAGGCGUGUGGACGUCCCUCCCAUUGGGGUCGAGUCAAAGGAAUAACAUCAAGGCAAUGCCCGAAUGUGGCGGAAGCAUGGAAGGGUCUCCAGCCUGGCUUUUGGGAGGAGCUGGGCUGGAACCCACCGCGGCACCGCCCAUUCCCCAUGGGCGCAACCAGGAGGUGAAAAAAUAA